AUGAAGUUCUCCAUCGCCGCUGCUCUCAUGGCCGCCACUGCCUCAGCUCUCCCUGCUGCGCAGGAGUCUGCUCUCGAGGCCCGUCAGCUUUUCGGCGGUAGCAUCACCCGCAACGAUCUUGCCCAGGGCACUGCCGGCUCUUGCCCCGGUGUCAUCUUCGUCUUCGCUCGCGGCUCCACUGAGGCCGGUAACCUGGGAACUUUAGGACCCGCGGUUGCCUCCAAGCUCGAGGCCAAGUACGGCAAGGGCAAAGUCUGGGUUCAGGGUGUCGGUGGCGCAUACACUGCUGGUGUUGGCGAGAAUGCCCUUCCCCGUGGAACUACUCCCGCCGCUAUUCGCGAGAUGGUUGGUCAUUUCGAGGAUGCCAACACGAAGUGCCCUGAGGCCGUCAUCGUCGCUGGUGGAUACAGUCAGGGAGCUGCUCUCGCCGCCGCCGCUACCACUGAUGUUAACGACGCCGUUCGAGAGAAGAUCGCUGGUGUCGUGCUCUUUGGAUACACCAAGAACCUCCAAAACCAAGGCAAGAUUCCCAGCUACCCUGCGGACCGCACCAAGGUCUUCUGCAACGUUGGAGACCUUGUUUGCACUGGCACUCUCGUUGUUGCCGGCCCUCACUUGCUCUACCAGUCUGACGCAUCUGGUGAAGCUCCCGAGUUCCUCAUCGAGAAGGCCGACGCUGCUGGUGCCGCUUAA